AUGUCGUGGCAGAGUUCCGUGUCCUGGCAGCCGGACACGUCGUGGGCGCAGCCGCACGGCCUCGGCGCCGCCGUCGGGCCCUGGGCUCCUGCCGGGCUGGGGAGCGCCGGGCGGCGUGGCCCCGCGCUGUUCCGGCGGACGGCGAGGGAGUACUACAUGUCGAGGCGGUCCACCCGGCCGUACCGCGACCUCUCCUCGUCGGUGAGCAGACCCGUCGCCGCCGGCGGCAGGCGGCUGGAGCUGCAGAGCGUCGUGACCGACGCGAGCAGGGCCAUCGUCGCGGUGCCCAACACCUCGUUCGCCAGCAACGACGACAGCUUCGUCCAGUCCGCCGUCUACUCCGCGCGCGGCCACGACGCAGGUGGCGGAGCCGGAGCCAUGGUGAGGUACAGCGAGACGAAGCCCCCCGACUCCCGCGAGGUCUCCUUCUCCCGCGACAACCACGACCAGCUCUACGUCUCCGCGGCGGCGCGGCCGGACCCGCCCAGCUUCGGCUACGACAUCAGCGUCGCGUCGUUCAGCGACCAGAGCCGGUACCACGGCGGCGACGAGGACGCCGGCGACUUCGACGACGACGACGACGAGAUCGACGUGAGGGUCGGGAAGCCCGUCAGCGUCGCCGGGCUCUUCAAGUACUCGACGUUUCUGGACAUCGUUCUCCUCGUGCUCGGCUGCGUCGGCGCCAUGAUCAACGGCGGCUCGCUGCCGUGGUACUCCUAUUUGUUCGGGAACUUCGUCAACAAGAUCGUCAACGUCGACAAGACGGAGAUGAUGAAGGACGUCAAGCAGAUCAGCGUGUACAUGGCGAUCCUCGCUGCAGUUGUCGUCAUAGGAGCAUAUCUUGAGAUCACCUGCUGGAGGAUCAUCGGUGAGAGGUCGGCGCUGCGAAUUCGACGUGAGUACCUGAAGGCAGUGCUGAGGCAGGAGAUCGGGUUCUUCGACACGGAGGUGAGCACCGGCGAGGUGAUGCACAGCAUCUCCGGCGACGUCGCCCAGAUCCAAGAAAUCAUGGGCGAGAAGAUGCCAGGCUUCGUGCAUCACGUCUUCACUUUCGUCUUCGGCUACGUGGUCGGCUUCGCCAAAUCAUGGAGGAUCGCUCUCGCCGUCUUCGCCGUCACGCCUGUGAUGAUGGCGUGCGGCAUCGCCUACAAGGGCAUCUAUGGCGGCCUCACCGCCAAGGAAGAGGCGUCGUACCAGCGCGCCGGCGACGUGGCGCAGCAGGCGAUCAGCUCGAUCCGGACGGUGCUGUCGUUCGUCAUGGAGGACCGGCUCGCCGGCAAGUACGCGGAGUGUCUGGACGUGGCGGCGCCGAUCGGCGUGAAGAUGGGGUUCGCCAAGGGCGCCGGCAUGGGGGUGAUCUACCUGGUGACGUACUCCCAGUGGGCGCUCGCGCUGUGGUACGGCUCCAAGCUCGUCGCCGACGGCAAGAUCAAGGGCGGCGACGCCAUCGCCUGCUUCUUCGGCGUCAUGGUCGGAGGAAGGCACGCACGCAGCAGGGGCUUGGCGCUGACGCUGUCGUACAUGGCGCAGUUCGCGCAGGGCACGGUGGCCGCGGGGCGGGUGUUCGAGGUCAUCGACCGGGUGCCGGAGAUCGACGCGUACGGCGCCGGCGGGCGGGCGCCGUCGGCGGUGAAGGGGCGGAUGGAGUUCAAGGACGUGGAGUUCGCGUACCCGUCGCGGCCGGAGGCCAUGGUCCUCUACAACCUCAACCUGACCAUCCCCGCCGCAAAGACGCUGGCGCUCGUCGGCGUCAGCGGCGGCGGCAAGUCCACCAUGUUCGCGCUCAUCGAGCGCUUCUACGACCCAACGCGAGGGUCGAUCACGCUGGACGGCCACGACCUCGCGUCGCUGAACCUCCGGUGGCUCCGGUCGCAGAUCGGCCUCGUCGGGCAGGAGCCCGUCCUCUUCUCCACCUCCAUCAUCGAGAACGUCAUGAUGGGGAAGGAGAACGCGACGCGCCACGAGGCCAUCUCGGCGUGCGCCAUGGCCAACGCCCACACCUUCGUCCUCGGCCUCCCCGACGGCUACGACACGCAGGUUGGGGACCGUGGGGCCCAGCUGUCGGGGGGACAGAAGCAGCGGAUCGCGCUGGCGCGCGCCAUCGUCCGCGACCCGCGCAUCCUGCUGCUGGACGAGCCCACGAGCGCGCUGGACGCCGAGUCGGAGGCCGUGGUGCAGCAGUCCAUCGACCGCCUCGCCGCCGGCCGCACCGUCGUCGUCAUCGCGCACCGCCUCGCCACCGUCCGCAACGCCGACACCAUCGCCGUCCUCGACCGCGGGGCCGUCGUCGAGUCCGGACGCCACGCCGACCUCAUGGCCCGCGGCGGCCCUUACUCCGCGCUGGUCAGCCUCGCCUCCGACAGCGGCAGCUUUACCGACGAGUCAGGGUACGACGUGUCGGCGUCCAAGUCGAGGUACGGCUUCCAGACGAUACGAGAGGAGGCGGAGGCGGAGGCGGAGAAGAAGGAUGCACAGGACGCCAAGGUGAAGGUCUCCGUCUCCGAGAUAUGGGGGUUGCAGCGGCGCGAAGGACCGUUGCUGAUCUUGGGGUUCCUGAUGGGCAUACACGCCAGCGCGGUGUUCUCGGUGUUCCCGCUGCUGCUGGGCCAGGCUGUCGAGGUGUACUUCGACGCCGACACGGCGAAGAUGAGGCGGCAGGUGGGGUACAUCGCCAUGGCCGUCGUCGGCCUCGGCGUGGCCUGCAUCGUGACCAUGACGGGGCAGCAGGGGCUGUGCGGCUGGGCGGGCGCCCGGCUCACCAUGCGCGUGCGCGACCGCCUCUUCCGCGCCAUCAUGCGGCAGGAGCCCGCGUGGUUCGACGAGGAGGAGAACGCGAUGGGCGUCCUCGUGACGCGGCUCGCGCGGGACGCCGUCGCGUUCCGCUCCAUGUUCGGCGACCGGUACGCCGUGCUGCUCAUGGCCGUCGGCUCGGCCGGCGUCGGCCUGGGCAUCUGCUUCGGGCUGGACUGGCGGCUCACGCUCGUGGCCAUGGGCUGCACGCCGCUGACGCUCGGCGCGAGCUACCUCAACCUGCUCAUCAACGUGGGCGCCAGGUCCGACGACGGCGCGUACGCCCGGGCCAGCAGCAUCGCCGCCGGCGCCGUGUCGAACGUGCGCACCGUCGCGGCGCUCUGCGCCCAGGGCAGCAUCGUCGGCACGUUCAACCGUGCGCUGGACGGCCCGGCAGCCAAGGCGCGGCGGCGAUCGCAGCUCAUGGGCCUCAUCCUCGGCCUCUCCCAGGGCGCCAUGUACGGCGCCUACACGACGACGCUCUGGGCCGGCGCCUACUUCAUCAAGAAAGGCGACUCCACCUUCGGCGACGUGUCCAAGAUCUUCCUCAUCCUCGUCCUCAGCUCCUUCUCCGUCGGCCAGCUCGCCGGCCUCGCCCCCGACACCUCCGGCGCUCCAGUGGCCAUCGUCGGCAUACUAUCCAUCCUCAAGCGCCGCCCCGCGAUCGCUGGUGACUCCACCAAGCGGCGGCGGACGAUCAAGGACGGGACGCCCAUCGGCGUGGAGCUCCGCAGGGUGACGUUCGCGUACCCGUCGCGCCCCGACGUGGCGGUGCUGAGCGAGUUCACGCUGCGGGUGAAGGCCGGCACGACGGUGGCGGUGGUCGGCGCGAGCGGGAGCGGCAAGUCGACGGUGGUGUGGCUGGUGCAGCGAUUCUACGACCCGGGCGACGGCAAGGUGGUGAUCGGCGGCGUGGACGCGCGGGAGUUGGACCUCAAGUGGCUCCGCGGCGAGUGCGCCAUGGUGGGCCAGGAGCCGGCCCUGUUCGGUGGGUCCAUCCGAGACAACAUCGGGUUCGGCAACCCAAAGGCCUCCUGGGCCGAAAUCGAGCAGGCCGCCAAAGAGGCCAACAUCCACAAGUUCAUCUCCGGCCUCCCCCAAGGCUACGACACCCAGGUUGGGGAGAGUGGGGUGCAAUUGUCAGGUGGGCAGAAGCAGAGGAUCGCGAUCGCGCGGGCGAUCGUGAAGCAGUCGAGGAUACUGCUGCUGGACGAGGUGAGCAGCGCGCUGGACCUGGAGUCGGAGCGGCGCGUGCAGGAGGCCCUGGGGAGGGUCUCGCGGCGCGCCACGACGGUCGCCGUGGCGCACCGCCUCGCCACGGUGCGCGACGCCGACCGCGUCGCCGUCGUGAGCGCCGGCAGGGUCGUCGAGUUCGGCAGCCACGACGCCCUCCUCGCGGCCGGCGGCCUCUACGCCGCCAUGGUGAAGGCGGAAGCGGAGGCACAGGCGUUCAAGUAGGUAGAGCACGGCACGUCGCGUCGUCGCCAUGUCCGGCAAUCUUGAUGAUGCGUCGAUCUUAUGCGUCUUCGAGAAAAGAAAAUGUCCAGCAAUAUGACGUCUUAUUUUGGAGAAAGUUUUAAAUUAGGGAUUUGUAUGCUGUUCAAUUGAUGAUUGUUCCACUCUAUGUGUGUGGAUACACGGGUACUCAUCGUUUGGCUUUCUUACGAAAAAGUCGAAACGAUAUAUU